AUUUCCGCCUGUCUCUCAAAUCAUCUGGAACCAACAUUUUAUUGGAGAUGCCAAAACAGGAUGCUACCACUGACUUCUUAGGAGAGAUCAAAAGAGCAACAGAUGGUAGGUUGUUAGUUGGAUCAAAUUUAAAUUUGCAUUCAAUUUUUGUAUCCACUUGCUCUAUGCCAAUUAUGUCAUAAAAAGUGCAUUAACUCUCUCAUUAAAAAAAAUUUGGCAGAGAAUAAUGAAUUGUUUCCUUAGAGUGCACUACAAGAGGUAGUUCCAGGAAAAUAAUGUGAAGUUUUUCUAAGAAUAGCUGCCUUGCUAAUGAGUCCAUUCCACCCAGCCAGGCAUAACCUAUUGGUGACCCUUGACAAAUUUAAACACUAAUUUGUGAUUUCGCAGUGAUGUUAAACAUUGGAUAAGUAAACUUCAUAAUGGAUAUAUAAUGCUGUUUGUAUGAAACUUAAAAAGUCACUCACUAGGAAUUUGACACACUCAAUGUGACUGUAAGGGAAGCAACCAAUGUUUUAGUUUUAUCCACACAAAAAAAAGAACAGUAAACAAAGAGGGAGAAAAUUUAAAAAGAGGCAUUUGAUUUGCUGGGGAAAUGAUAGAAUUUUUAAGACAUACAAAUGAUAAAGAUAAAAUGUCAAGAGUAACAUCAAAAGCAUAAGGGUUUAAGCAGCAUGACCCAUCUAUGCCCAGUGCAGCAGUAUCAGCAGUAAUAUUACAGUAAUCUUGACUAUUUUUUCCAUUAUAGUGCAGUCUCAUUCUUCAGUAUUUGGCGAGCCGACCACGUUCUUUACCUGGCUACAAAAGUAUAGGAAACAAAGCACUGAGUACAUCCAGUCAUUGGCAGAGAAUCCAUUUGUUGAAGACACUUUUGAUCCCUUGAAACAUAUGAAUCUGGGAGGCACCAAUGUGCAUGUUGUAGCAGCAGGUAAGUUAUGGGCAUCAUUUUUACUUACGUUGGUAUGUUGCUAUGUUAUUGGAACUUGCAAUACAACAUAGAAUCUUCUAUAUGGCCAUGGGAUUAUAAUGUAUACAUUGGAACUUAUAAUACAAGCAAAACAAAAUCUUUGUGGCCAUGGGAUUAAAAUGUAUACAAUGGAAAUUAUAUACAUACAACACAAAAUCUUCUGUAUGGCAAUGGUAAUAAUGUGUACGUUAAUGGUGGUUGAGGUUGUUUUACUCAGGGUUUACCUCCUCCCAAGAAUAUCUGUCCUGCUCGGUUUAGGACCUCAUUCCUCCAGACCAUUUACCCAAGAAUGACUCUACACAAAGUUGUAGAUAUUAUAUAACAUGGAUUCAUUUCUUAUAUUCUGAGGGAAACAUCUUAAUUUUAAGAAAACCAAGAAAACAGUCAUUAAUGGUCAUAGAUUACAGGAUGGUUUUUUUCAGCUUACUUUAAUGUACAUUACUGCUGAUAAUAGAUGGUCAUGGUGUGGCGUCUAUUAUUCUUGGAAAAAAAAUAAGUAUUUUAGGAGAACUGAAUUAAUUGACCAUUAAAACAUACCCUGAAAAAAACAAAUUGUGUGCAAACUUUUCUGAAGGGGUCACACCUUUUUUGUUUCUAUUUAUUUAUAAUAAAUGAAGGACACCGUUCAAGCUGUGUAAAUGAAAUAGAACAAGGUAAGUUGAAGCUUGAAUUACUGGACAGGACAACAAGGUGUGAACGUUUCGGCUCAGAGCCUUCUUCAGCGAAUGAAAAUACAACAAGAAACAGAGCACAGUAUUUAUAUUGUUCAUAUUAUGUUAUCCUGUCUAUUGAUUCAAGCUUCAACAUACCUUGUUCUACUAUUCUAUUUAUUUACAAGUUAUUCUUCAUAGUAGAACUAUCAGCACGUUAGCAGACAAUCAUUUUGUUAAUUAGCUUUUGCCCCAGUAGUUAUUCAUUUUCUUAUUUCUCGUAUUAUUCCAAAAUAUUUUUGUCCAUUAAAAUCUUAUUUUCACAGUAAUAAUUCAUUAAUCAUUAUUACUUUCUUUAAUUUGGUUUUUAAAAAAAAAUUCAAGCUAUAUGUGAUUAUGGCGAAGACUUAAGUUUUUCAAAUAUCUGUUAUUUUUUGUUAUUUCUUCAUUCAUCCUGUCAGCUAAGGAAGGCUUUCAGCUGAAAUGUCUUUAUUUUAUUGCUCUGUCUUUCUAUUUUGAGCUUCCACAUACUUUGUUAUUCUAUUCCAAGCUUCCACGUACCUUGUUAUUCUAUUCCAAGCUUCCACGUACCUUGUUAUUCUAUUCCAAGCUUCCACGUACCUUGUUAUUCUAUUCCAAGCUUCCACGUACCUUGUUAUUCUGUUUCAUAUGUACAUCCUCAUACUUCCACCUGGGAAAGUUGGUUUAGAUUUUGUUAGGUUUUUUUUUCCCCUCACUUUUUGUAAGGAACUGGCAACCAAAGAUGCUCCAACUUGGUACUCUGUUCUGGCAUGUACUAACAGCGCUUAUAAUUCCAGCCUGGUGUUCUGAUUGGGCCCAGUACCAUUUUGAGAUAACGAGUGGUUGAGAUAGUGUUUUAUACAUUUAUUUUCUGUAUCAUGAUGAAGGUUGAAGUUUUUGACAUAACAUGCACAUUUUAACAAUUUAACCUCCUUUCUCAUCACAUACAUUUAGUCCAUGAUUUAUUAAAUGCAAAUAAGUUCCAAAGUCAUCUAAGAGGCUUUAGUUAUGUGUGGGGGAGGUGGAGAAAAGAGAGUCCAUGUUUUAUUACAGUCUGUACACCCAGACACUUGAAUCUGGUACAUGCCAUUGACACUGAACCACUUGACUCAAUGAAGAGUCUAAGAUGAACUGGCUACUGCUGAACUCUUUUAUGUCUAUUUUAAUCCAUUUAUCUAUAUUCUUUUUUUUUUUUAAUUUAUUUAUUUUAUUUUUUCCUUUAGUUUUAUGCAUUGUUAAUUUCUUCUAACAAUAAAUCCUUUUGCUUGCUUUUGCUCUGCAGUCCCCACGAUUACAGUUACAAUGCACAUCCAUCUAUAUAUUCCAUCAAAGGCACUCUAUCCAUCAUCCAUUAUUUUAACUCAUGUGUAUUCCUCAUUCCAACAUUUUGUAUCUGUUAAUUAUUUACCUGACAUGGUUGUUAAUUGAUUUUUUGGAUUCCUCCCAGUUACUAUGUUCAUCUCUCUAAUUAGCCCAUCUCCAUUAUUCUGUCAUCACUGCACCCUUUAUGUCUCCAUCCCUCCGGUCUCUUCCAACCAUUUCUUUCUAGCCUUCACUUAUUCGCUGUCCAGAAAUGCACUUAUGCCAUUAUGAGCAAUAAGGAUGUUUAUAUUUUGCAAAGCAUUUUGAACAUUAGUGUGUUGUGCCCUGAGCCGUCAGUGUGUUUGUUGAGCUACUCAGAUUUUUCAUUUGGAGAGAGACUUGUCCUUCUGUAUUUUCAUCAUGGUGGUUUAUUGUUCCAGAUCAAAGUAAUCAUGUGAUUUAUUUCGUGUAUGGAUUGAAGCUGUCACAUGACAGCAUACCAGUAGACAUUAUGUUCAGUGUCUGUCAGCAUUUCAUUGCCUGUCUGUCUAUCACAGACCACUUCUAUUUGAUUUAACAAUUCUGGAUUGCAUGUGUAUCAUUUCAACCGGAUUUGCUAAUGCUAGCAAGUUCUAAAAACCUAACUGGUGAUUUUUCCAUGGAAAACAUUAUGUAAGGGGUGACCAGUUGAUGAACUUUGGGAGCUGAACAUAAUAAUCCAUGUUCAAGAGUUGUGAUUUCUUAGCUAUCUUUUAAUGACACAUUACCUUAUUUGUAAAAUAUUUUAUCACAUCUUUCAAGCUUCAAUAUGGCCGACCCUGGUAUGUGUGGUGCUGUUCAAAAGAUCAUUUAUUUAGUAAUGAAUACCUAAACUCAAGUUAAUAAUUUUGUUUAAAUUAUACAGCUCUGCAUUUAAUUCUUCUUUGAAUUUUGGAUUCAUAUUUAAUAUAACCAAUGGAACAUUGUAUUUUUAAUGAGAUUAUUGUGACUAAAUUUUUAAAAUUUAACAAUUACCAAAUUUAGGCUUUUAUAGUGAGUUUUAUUUGAUUGAGGUGAGCAGAUAAGCUUGAAUAUAACUUCUUUUGACUAUGAAUCAAAGCUUGUGAGUCAAAAGUAUAUGUUUUAUCUUUGUUAAUUCCGCUUUUAUUCUUAAUAUAUAUUUAUAUCAGUUGUAAUCAGAGUUUGCAUUUCACCAUUUAAAACCAUUACUUUCUAAAUAACUAAUUUUAUUAGGGUAAAGACCCACAUGACCAUAACUGUUUUUGUAUUUGAGUCUAACCAUUGGCUCAGUGAAAAUCAAUAUUUUCCACGAAGAAAGAGUUUACCACUUUGUCCAACUCAGAGACACUCUAAGCUGUAAUAUGAAAAUUAUCUAUAUUCUGAUCUCCCCUUUCACUCAAGUGUUUUUUUAUUUGAAGAACAAAGGCAAUGAAAAUAUUUGUACAAUUUGAAUUUAUUUUGUUGAAGCCCAUUGCCCUCCCUGUCGGCCUCCAGGCUUCUGCUGACGCCCAUCUCCCCAAGAUUGCAGAAACCUGGAUUUGUAAUUCUGAUUUGAUUUUUUUCUUCUGUUUCUCCUCCAGAAAGUACUUCAAGACAAACCAUAUGGUUUGAGGACGAUAUAUCCAAAACGACUCUACAAAAUAACCACAAGGCUGUGGCCAAAUCCCAAAGCCGAGAUUCACUUGACAAGAUGAUUUUAGGGUAAGUGCUCAAACUAUAAUAACUUAGUAUAUCUUCAUAUGUUGAAAAAAAGCUUUUGCUGCACUGUUGGUUUUUUGUAAUUUGCUCAAUGACACCAUUUAUCUAUUCUUGGCCUUUGUUGUAAAAAGAAAAUGUUGCAGUUUAUAAUUCAGAUAAAAUAACUUGUUUAAAAAUUGGUUUUCAUUUUAUGAUUAUGUAUAAGAAAAACUAGGCUUACAAUAAGUCUCUAAUUUUGUGGUUUAGUAGUGACUCCACAGCCAUUUUAAUACUUACUGUUUUAAUUUGGUUUAAUUUCUUAGGGACGAAGAUUUCACGGAUGCAAUUGACAGUAUGCAGAUGAGAUUGGGUUUAUCACCGGGUAGCGAACUCCCUUUAGGUGCAAAGCCAGUGACCAGUCGGGAGAAGGUUGUCAGACAAUGUCUGACUGAAAAAGAAGUGGAGUUCACUGAUUUAAAAACAUUUAAGUAAGCAUGAUCCCAUUUAACCUGACUUUCAUUUUGUUUGAUUCUUAUUUUGUUUGAUUCUUAUUUUGUUUGAUUCUUAUUCUUAUUUUGUUUGAUUCUUAUUUUGUUUGAUUCUUAUUUUGUUUGAUUCUUAUUUUGUUUGCCUUGUCAAUCCUUUUGUUAUAAUUUGAUCUUAAUCUAAUUUACUGUUAUCUCCCUUAGAUCUAAUUCUAUAUAUGAUCAACUGUCAUAUCCUCUGAAAACUCCCCUCAACUGUGUUUGAUUCUGUAUAUUUUCUAGAGUGUUUUGUGGAACAUGGAAUGUCAAUGGUCAGUCACCUGCUGAAAGUUUGAGCAAGUGGAUGGUAGUUGAUGAAGAGCCUCCUGAUAUUUAUGCCAUUGGGUAAGCUAUGAAUAUUUUUCUUAAGAAUGUACCUAACAAAAUGUGAUCCUUUUCUUUUCAUAUAUCUGAUUUAAUUUUGUUUUUUAUAUACUGCUUUUUUUUAUAAAAAUUUUAUAUAUAUUUUAAAAUUAGAUUUAAGCCAUUGUUGAUUCCUGUAUGCAUCUAAGUUCUAAGCCAAGAGAUUUUGAAUGGGUUUGUGUUAUGGUUUCAUCCAAUGGUAAAGUAAUACACUGAAAUUAAUUGAAUAACUCAUGGAUUAUUUUCAGAUUAAUUGAUUAUUUAUUUUAUAGUUGGCUGAUUAUUAAAUUGACCUACUGUGUUAUGCAAAUUGAGCAGCAAAUAGUGUUAAGGAAAAUGCACAGCAGAUGAGGUUUUACUAUACUGCCAACUGAGAAAAUGCUUGGUGCAUUUUAUAUAUAUUUCUUCAAUGAUCAAAAAGUGUUGGUAGCUGGGAGGGGAUUGCACUAUGCAGAUACAAACUAUGCUAUUGUUACAUACCAUUAUACGGUUUUUGCAAAUUUAAUCUGUUUCAAGAUUUGGCUAGUUUGUUGAACAAUGCUUAACAAAGGACUGAAAACCAGCUUACAAAGUAAAAAAUGGUAUGAAAGCUAGUGAUAUUAAAAAAUAUUAAAUUUAAUUAUACAAUCUUUUAUAUUAAAAUAUACAAAAUCAAAUAUACAUAAAUAAAAUUUAUCCUAACUUACUGCAUAGGAAGGGAAAAGAUAUAAUCCUCAAAAGAUACAAAUGUUAAAUUUAAAUAUACACAAACAAAGAGUACAAUCUUGUAAGUCUCCCUUAAGUAUAUUACAUCGUGUAAGUUUUGUGGCUAGAAAAUCUACCAAAAUAUCUCCCGACUGGGAAAGCUGCCGUCUGUUUUAUAGGGAGGGAGUUAGAACUCACAACUCACCUGAAGAGAAUUAUAGAAAUUACAUCACCUGAUAGCAUUCGUUUUUAAAAAAAAUUAGAAUAUAAACAACAUUUCCCAGACAUUUAAUCGGUGACUUCAGUAUCAAAACAAAUGGAGGGGGUUGGUGCUUAAGGUUGAAUUUAAGGGCUUGUGGUGAACAAAAAAUAGGUCAACACACAGGCUGUAAUACUAUAGAAAGAUAUUCUGAUCAUCUAUUCACAGAGCUCAUCAUCAUUUGUAUUAAAUGUGUUCACUGCUUUUAAAAUGUUAUUUAUUUUUCUAUUUUAAAAAACCAACAGCUUUCAAGAACUCGAUUUAAGCAAAGAGGCUUUCAUAUUUAGUGAUUCUCCCAAAGAGGCCGAAUGGCAGGAAGCUGUGAAAAAAUUUCUACACCCAAAAGCCAAGUAUAAAAAGGUUAGUUGA